AUGAUUUGUCUCACACCACCAUCCCAAGCCGGAGCUGAUCCAUCGUCAGGGUGGGCACCAAAAAAUAUGAAUCGAGCAGGCAAAAAUCAACCUGCGCCUGCAGCCCGAGCGAAUCGAGUGCAUCGGGAUCCACGACCGAAUGGCACCAAGCAUGGUCGAGCUGCAAAACACGAGCACCGAGAAUGGGGUGAUCGCCAUGGAGAACUUAAAGAAGAGAAAGUUGCUCCACAUAAAGAUGCAUGGACGAAAUUCCUCUCUAAUGAGGAUCCCGGCCAAAGGACGGUGUUCGACAGCGAACUUGAAGAUCGAGUGCUUGAGACGGAAGAAGAGACGCUUCCUGAGCGAAUUUCUCGAAUCAGCGCCGAUGACCUUGAGUUCCAAAUGGCAUAUAAUGCCAGCAAGGUACAUAUCCAGCUUGUAAAAAAUAUCAUUUUGGGAAGAUACCGAAAUUUGGAUCAGCAUUACGUGCUUUCUAUUAAGGGGAAAGCGCUGCUGUCUUUGAGAACGCGUUACAUGAUUUUUCGAAUUGCAAAAUUGGCAUGA